CCAGCCAUGGAGACUCGCAACAGUGCCCCGUGCUGUCAUCACCUUUUGAGGCAGCCUAUGGAGGGCAGUGAGCUAACUAGCGGAGGCAUACUCGGCUCUUACGACUCUAACACAUUCGUUUUCGAUCCGCCUUGCGAUUGUUCUCUCUGCCACACUCAGUUCUACAAAGUGGCGGAGCAACGUCUCGGUCGCUGGGCCUACACCAGUGUCCUCACUGACGAGGAAGCCAGAGAGAUUCUAGCAGGCUAUGUUACAGCCAUUGAAGCGGAUCGCCAAUACUUAAUUGCCGCCAUCAAGAAACACGGAGACGAGAUGCUGAGUCGAUGGCGUAAGCGCACCCGGACCAAACGAGCCGCUCUUCUUCAACUCGCCGAACCCAAUCUGCCCCACGACAAAGCUUUCAUCGCUGAUCUCGAGUUCGCCGGAGUCAAUUGGAAUGUCAUCCGGCAGGAAUACCGCAGGCGCCUUUUACUUUGUUCAGUGGAUAUUCACACGCUUGCUACGAACCCUUCGAUGUUCAUCGGUCUGCUACACCACCGGGCGAGUCGACUUCCGCAGGAAUGGGUUCGUUUCGAUAGCGACCAACUAGACAGCUCCUGGACGAGUGGUUUACUUGAUGUGAAUUACAACGCGAGUUGCGUAUACAUUCACGGACCGGGUUAUGGCGGUCUUACCGAGUGGAACUCCGCGGCUGUGCAUCAAUGCUAUAUCAUGGGAUUCCCGCGAGGUCAACUAGCGCUUGAAGCACAAGCAAUGCUUAUGAGCUUCCUACGCCGAGCUGUUGAACAUCUCUUAAACGGGGUUGAAGCGCAUGGAUUGGAUUCCGCUGUCAAGUGGAAUGAACUGGUGCAAGCGGGCCUGAGGAAGAGCGGUGACUCUGCGUCAUGGUCCGUCUAUAUGAAUCGGCCUUUCUCAGCGCCCCCCGUACUCGAUGUAGAUGCUUUGGUCUCGCAAGCCAAGGCAAGGGUAGACGCAACGGGCGACCACCUUUGGCUCCUUCAGACCGAACCUUCCUACAUGAAGCGCUGCGUCGAUAUGAUCCAUCAGUUACAACCCACGCAUUUUCUGUUCCCAAAAGAGACGAUAAGGAGCGCACUCGGUACCUGGGAAUUCCUUCUCGAUAUAGACAGACAUUGGUUCUGGCGGGGCAUUCUGGAAGAGUUCGAGCACAUCCAAGGUAUUUGCUCCCAAUACAAUUAUUCUAUUCGACCUGGGUUCCCUCUUGCGAAAGAUGUCAAUGCAACCCUCGGAGCUGUGGAGAAGCUUCUCUUAAAUUGUCUCGACAGCAGCGCAAGGAGCCUUCAAAUAAUCCUCGCACGACGUCCAGGCUUCGAGCAUCUCUACGAUCUCAAGUAUGCAGGAGACAUAUGCGCGAAACGACCGGCAAUGAUCAAGAGAUCAUACACACCCUUGAUUCUAUAUAAGAAGGAGAGGCUUUGGUGGUGUCUCAUGCAGCUCCUAGGCGACGUUGAAUGCAGGGCUCGGUUCCACUACGCUACAGUCUUUGACAUGCUCGAACGCCACUUGGAGUCUGCUUCUGCCGAGGAGCGUGGCCGACUAGAUGGUCUCUUGUACGAACAUCUCUCUGACCAUGUCACGAUCAUUGAAAUCCUGUGGGCUAUCCGCAUGCAUUAUCCGCGACCGGCUUUCCAUGCUCACGACGCCGAUGGAUUCAAAAGCAGAUUUGCUUCAAAAUAUGCAACCGCGAAGAAGCUUGACUGCAUGUGUAGUGUUGGAAGGGUUCUGGAUAAAUUCCAGACGGUUCCUCCCCCAAGCGGUCCCAAGGAUCGUGCAUGGUUACAGGCAUUCAAUGCUAUGCACCGCGCGUCGCAGGAAGUCUGGAGGGAAGUGUCGAAAGUCCAUGAACUCUGGUUCAAGGACCGUGGUUUCGCAGAGAAGGAGAUUCGUGCCUCCAUGCAGGCUCUGUCGCACUGGAAUAGCGCUGACUAUGAAUCUAGGCUUGAGGCUAGACGCAAGGAAGUGCUCUCCGAGAUGGAGAAACGCAAUGCCCAUCCCCAACCUACCUUGGAUCUCUUCCUACCGCUGCCCUCAACCGAAGAUGACGCCGCUAAAUUGCAGAUUCGGUAUGUCAAAGUAAAAGUCAAAACGCGCAGUGAGAAGCACACACCAGAGUCAAUCGGUCAGACCCUUCACGCCACCGGACUCAUCGAGACUGUUCCUACCGUUACAAAGAUUACUCUCGCAAAGCGCGCUCUGGUUGUGCUCAGGAACAUGUUCCCCUUGACAGCCGACGAGCGUCAAGUGACUGUGGAAUGGGAGACCUUCGUUCUAGCAAUGGAAGAGGCGGGCUUUGCUGCUAAAAACGGUGGCGGCUCUAUCGUUGUCUUCGAGCAGAAAGACGGACCCGGCAAGAUCAUCUUCCACCGUCCGCACCCGGUGCCCAAGAUCGACCCAGUCAUGCUCCAGUCUAUGGGACGCCGGAUGAAUAAGUGGUUCGGAUGGACGCGCAAUACGUUCGCGCUUGCCGGAAAGUGA